AAUCAGAGGAGAGCGCUCCCGCCAAGGCUACCGCGAGGACCCCCCCGUCCUCCUCCUCUUCCCGGCGCGAGCGUCCGCGGCGCUGCCUGAAGCCCCCGCCUCGGCGUUCCCGCCUCAGGCGCUCGCCGCGGGCAGCCCCUCGACGGGGAGGGGCCCGCCUUAAAGGCGCCGUGCGCGGAGAUGGCGGCGCGGUGGCUGUGGCUGUUGGCGCUCUGGGCCGGGGCCGUCGUCUCUUCGCCGCCGCCUCCUCCUCCUCCUGACGCCGAGGUGACAUUCGUGCUGCCCGCAGGACGCAGGGAGUGCUUCUACCAGGCAGCGCCCGGGAACGCCUCUAUGGAGACCGAGUACCAGGUGAUCGGCGGGGCUGGCCUGGACGUGGAUUUCACCCUGGAGAGCCCCUCGGGUCUGGUGCUGGUGAGCGAGCGGCGCCGCUCGGACGGGGCGCACACCGUGGAGCCCACCGAAGCCGGCGACUACAAACUCUGCUUCGACAACUCCUUCAGCGCCAUCUCGGAGAAGCUGGUGUUCUUCGAGCUCCUCUUCGACAGCGCCCGCCCGGAAGAGGAUGAGGAUGAAGACGAGGAAGGUGAUGGAUGGGCCGAAGCAGUCGAGCCUGAGGACACGCUGGAUGUCAAGAUCGAGGACAUAAAGGAAUCCAUCGAGACCAUGCGGAGCCGCCUGGAGCGGAGCAUCCAGAUGCAGACGCUGCUGCGAGCCUUCGAGGCGCGGGAUCGCAAUCUCCAGGAGAGCAACUUGGGCCGCGUGAACUUCUGGUCGGCCGUGAACCUGGCCGUGCUGGUGGUCGUGGCCGUCGUCCAGGUCCGCCUCCUCAAGAGCCUCUUCCAGGACAAGCGGCCGGUGCGGACAUAGCCGGGAAGCUCCUGGGAUUCCGGAAGGGGGAUGCGCUUCGCUCCAGCUGCGGCGUCUCCCUCCCGGUGGGGAUGAAACCCCUCUGGAUUCCCAGCCUGGGGUCUCACCAGUGCCAUCACAGGCAGGUUUGAGGGCAGAAGUGGACUCGGCUGCACAUCCUUAAGCCUUCCCGGCUGGAAUCCGGGCACUGCGGCAUCUGCUCUUCCCAGCCGGCACAUGGAGAGCCACCAGCAUUAAAAAUGUCUGGAACUUGGAAUCGGAGCAGCAAAUGGUGCUGCUGGGGCGCGG